AUGGCGAUCCUAACGGAGAUCCGCGACCCUCGGGUGUCGGACGUGACCGUGACGUACGUGGAGGUUUCUCCCGACAUGCGUCAAGCCAAGGUUCACGUGUCGGUCAUGGGCGACGACGCCAAAGGCAAGCUCUGCCUGCACGGCCUGCAGAGCUCCGCGGGGUUCCUGCAGAGCAGGAUCUCCCAGCGGAUCGACACCCGGUACACGCCGCAGCUCAAGUUCGAGCUCGACAUGGGCGUAAAGAACUCAAUCGCGAUGACAAAAUUGCUCAAUGAGGUCCUCGAGGACCGCUCCGACACGCCAGUCCCUGCGGCGAAGGAGCGGACGCUGCUUGAGAACUUGGUGUUCGCCUGCUUGCUUGAGGGGUCGCCGCACGAGGAGGCCGAGGCGGCUUUCGAGCGUCUGCAGAGCAAGUAUUUCGAUUGGAACGAGGUGCGCGUGAGCACCCGCCGAGAGCUGGCCGAAGAACUAAAGACGCUUAACGACCCGGACGCCGCUGCCGACCGCCUCAAACGCACCCUGCAGAGUGUGUUCGAGGGAGUCUACACGUUCGACCUGGAGCCGCUCAAAAAGCAGAAUCUGGGACAAACGGUAAAGCAGUUCCAGUCGUACAAGGGCAUCACGCCGUUUGUGAUCGCCUACGUGACUCAGGCGUCGCUAGGGGGGCACUCGAUCCCCGUCAACGAGGGAUUGUUUACGGCUUUCGUGACGCUUGAUAUUACGACCCCGGGCGAGGCCAAGGCUGGCACGGCGCCUGGUUUGGAGCGGGCGAUCCCCAAAGCUAAGGGCAUCGAGGUCGGUUCGAUGCUGCAUCAGCUGGGGGUAGAAGUCGGCAAGAAUCCCUACGGCCAGAACGCACGCAAGGUGUUGAUGGCGCUGGAUCCUGGUUGCAAGGACCGGCUGCCAAAGCGGCCGCCGAAGCCAGAGCCCAAGCCCACGAACGCUGUCGGCGUGCGGCCCCUCACCGAAGAGGAUCUGGAUCGAUCUCAGGCGGCGGCGAGUUUCGCGCUCGGAAAGUCGCUCUAUGCCCGCUCCGACCUCGCCGGCGCGCUGCGGGCCUACCAGUCGGCUUGGCGGUGGGACCCGUCGCGGCGCGAACUGCUCGACGAUAUUGUCUCGUUAGCGGUGAGCCUUGGUCGCGCAGACGAGGCGAUCCGGUACGCAAUUGUCCAAUCGGAGAGCGGCGGCGUCACACCCGAGUUGCUCCGACGCCUUGCCCUUUACGCCACAGAGUCUGAGCAGUGGGAGCAGGCGGCGGUGUUAUACGAACGCUGGCUUGCGAUAGCGCCUGAGCGUGACGCCUCGUUCGAAAAGGCGUUGAUCCGCAUUGAGCUAGGACGUAUCUACCAGCAGUUGGGGCGGUUUGGUGACGCCUCACGCUGCGUUGCGGAAGUGCAGCGGACGCUGCUCCGGACCCCAAACUCAGAAGCCGCCCGGCGUCUCGCCUCCGCGCUCGGCGGUUCGCUGUCUCAGGUCUACCAAACAUUCGGCCAGUGCCACCUGGAGGCCGGCGAGCACACGCUGGCCUCCCAGGCAUUCGCGCAGUUGUCCAACGGCGACCUCCCCACGGGAGGUGGGUUGCAGUAUUGGCUCGCCAAGCUGGCGCUCGCAGAGUCGCAGCCACUCGAGGCGUACUCUCAGCUGCAUGCGUACUUCGACUCGCCAGGCGAUCCAUACGGCGCUGAGCCGUAUGAUCUCCUCCGCACAACGCUCAUUCAGUUGAACGACCGCGGCCGGUUGCCGGCGGAGCUCAGUAGAAUCCGACAGCGGCGCCCGCAGAGCCUGUACGCGUUGUGUGCUGAUGCGCACCAACUCGCCAAUUCCGGACGUCGGGAAGAAGCCGCCGCCCUGCUCCGCCGUGUCAUCGAGUCUGCGGUUUCAUCCGAGGCCUCGAUUGAUCAGGAGUCGUUCGGCGAGUCCGCCAAUUGGCUUAUCGACUUUUAUGCUGAAUCGGACGAUGCGAAUCGGCUAUUGCCGCUGCUGCAGCAACUGACGAUGGUUGAUCCCACGCUCGAAAAGUUCACCAAUUCACUCACGGGGGCGAUGGACAAGAAAGCGUUCGCCGCCCAGAUGAAAACCCGGCUCAGCAUGCUUCUGCAGACCAACCCCACCGAGGCGGAACGGCUGCUCCCCGCAUCGCGGCUCGCGCUAAUCUUGGGCGAGAAUAAGUUGGCCGUCGAUCUCUUUAGAAAGGCGAUUGAGCUUGUCGAGGAAGCCCGCGGGUCGAUGUGCCUCGACUUUGCGGUGGACCUCCUCUUGGCAGAGCAGAAUAACCUGGCUGCCGAACUGAUCCGCAAUUCGGUCGAUGAGGGUGUGCUGGAUUCCGAGGCCCCCGCCACAUGGUACUAUCUCAGUGCCGCACUUUCCUCUCAAAAGGGAGCGGACGAAGCCGUAGCGGCGGCUCGUCGGGCUGCGGAACUCGCCCCAGAUUCACCAGAAUUCGCGGCGCACGUUGCACGGACGCUGCAGAUUGCGGGCCGACAGGAGCAGGCGAUCGAAGAGUACGCCACCCUGUUGGAACGCUUCGACGCCGAAUCCGAUAGCUCGGUUCGCCAAACGCUCCGCGAAGCGCGGCUGAGUUAUUCAUAUCUGCUCCUCAGCGAAGGGGAAGCAGACGCGGCCGUCAGAGAGCUUCAGCUAGUGCUGGACGAGUUUCCCGGCGACCCUGGCGCUAGCAACGACCUCGGUUAUCUGUGGGCCGACCGCGGGCUACACCCGCUCCGCUCCGUUCAGUUGGCAAAUGACGCCGUUGCCGCCGAGCCCGAAAACCCUGCGUACUUGGACAGUCUUGGUUGGGCCUUCUACAAAUUGGGGGACCUCGCUCAGGCACGCAACACGCUCCAGCGGGCAGUAAACGCAACCACGGUCGCCGAUCCUGAGAUUCUUGACCACCUCGGCCAGACACUCGCCGAGAGUGGGGACGUGCAGGCCGCUCGGCAAGAGUGGCGACGUGCCCUCGCAGCGCUGGCCGACGAUGCCGGUCGGUCCGAGUUGCGUGAUGCGAUACAGAAGCGACUCGAGCCGCUAGAACACGAUAAGCAGCCCACGGCGCCAAGGGGCGCCGAAUAG